AUGAGCAGGCGCAAGGGAAAGGUCGCAGUCGCUCGAGAUGAGGAGGAAGCCCUGGCUGAGCUGAGCAGCAAGCAAGUCGAAGCUCUUUUCGAUGCCUAUCGACGAGCCACGACGACUCAAGAUGACGCGCGACCCUCCAAGCGUGCUCGGCUGAACGGAGAGACGCCUCACGAGACUGCUCAGAUGGGAGCAGGAGGCUUCAUACUCGAAGACGAUGAGCCAUCUGCGGGCGGCUUCAUCCAAGAAGAGGACGAAUCCCCGAAUCUCGCGACAAUGUCACGGGACGAGCUUGACGAUUGGAUCGACGUCAAGGACAUCCCGCGAGCACUCAGAUGGCUCCACCUCGUAGAUGAUGACGACAUCAUGGACAUGUUUCUCAGUGUGGCAGAGGAAGACAUCGAACCGGAUCGCCAGCUAGUCUCUCGGCUCGACUUUAUGCGCGCCGCGAGUAUCUUGCUCUUCAAUAGAGCUCCCUCAGAGGAUGGCGGACGAUCUGAAAGAGGCGAUGCUCAAGAUGUCUCCCCGCCUAGUGCAUUGCGGCGACGGCGACGUCCUGCCAUUGUAGAGACAGACUCGAGUGGUGAUGAUGAUGGCGAUGAAGCCUUUGUUGCACCCGACUCGGAUGAUGUGCAAGAUGACGAUGCCUUCGAUCCUGAUGCCCACACCAAGCCGAACGAGCUCAAACGUGUCAGCGCGAAUGGGAAAGGUCGGCCGGUCUCUGCAGAAAGACAAGCACAGGUUGCGAGUCUCUUUGAUUUGUUCAAGCCUUAUCGAACUCACAAAGACGAGCAAGCCGUCACCUUUGGCAAUAUCCGGGCAGCCGCAGACUCGGUCAAUGUGGAGCUCAAAGAUGAGGAUAUCAACGAGAUGAUCGAGUACGCUUCGAGUGCAAAGAACGACGAGGUCACGCUUGAAGAUUUCAUACGUAUCGCAAGAGAGACCCGGCUUGUCAAGAUGUCGCUGGCACCGCCGGCAGACGAAGUGCCUCUGCUGGACAAAGGGGAGCCAUGCAUGGAAGUGCACCCCAAGAUAUGCUCGCUCAUCGUCCGACGCAUCAAAGCCCUCACGCUCGAGCUGUUACCCAUCGAAGUCAGCCUGGACGACUUGACUGAUCCCACGUCGAGCAUCAUCACGUCCGACGUCGUCAAAGCCUAUGCCCUGAUUGGCGGUGACUUUGCAGACUGCGUGCCUUACUGCCUGCUCACUGCAAGGGCGAGUUUCACGAGGGAUGCGUUCAUCCAGCCUGCGGAUUAUGAUGAGAACUGGGGCAGACGACUGGCCUGCGAGGUCAUUGCAAGGAGACUCGUCACGAGCCUCCCUCGAUCUCGGCAGCACAUCGUGCUUUCGACACGGUACAGUCACAUCGAACGCGAUGGCGAUCAGAGCUUGCACAGUAGCGCCAUUGAAGUGGCAGUCGAUACAAAGUGUGUCUUCUUCCUCUCGUCCGCCGAAUCUCAGCGAACCAUCUUUGCCUUGUGGAAGGGCCAUCUCAUCCAAGCCGUCGACACGCGAGGCCAUGUGGUCUACAAGAUCUAUCACAACGCCAUGAAGCCUGCCUUUCUCGAUCACCUCGACUCGACGAGGUUAGGCGUGCCAAAGUAUCAGUCAUGGGCAAAGCAAUUUCUCUGGCUCGUCUUCCUCAUCUGCUACACCAUCGCCAUUCGGACGCCGCAACGCGAGUUCGGCAUCGAGGAUGUUAUCCUCUACGUCCAAUUACUAGGAUACGCUGUCGAAGACAUCGUCCGGGUGGCCAAAGUACGCAGUGCUGCCGCGAUCGACUUUUGGAUGACGAUCAAUAUCGUCAACUAUGGCCUCCUGACAACUGCAUUCCUGUACCGUAUCGCCGACCAGUCGACCUCUGAUCCGGACAAGACAACCCAACUACGCACACUGAGCUUCUCGUUCCUGUCCUGCGCCGCGCCAUUCAUCUGGAUGAAACUGCUGGCGGUUUUUGACGUCUUUACCUACUUUGGUAUCCUACAAGUCGUGGUAUGGCGAAUGCUCAAGGAGUCGCUCGUCUUCUUCACGCUGCUGUCUGUCAUCGCUGUCGGGUUCGCCCAAGCACUCACCGGUCUCGAUGCGGCCGACAAUACCCGCGACGAGACUGCAAACGUACUCCAUUCACUCUUGCAAGCACUACUGGGAUCUCCCGAUUUCGAACACUAUUCAUCUGGCGAUUUCGGCAUGAGCCUUUACUAUCUGUACAACAUCGCCGUCUCACUCUUGCUGCUCAACGUCCUCAUCGCUCUCUUCGGUACAGCCUACUCGCAAGUCACAGACGAAGCGAUACCGCAGUACAUGGCCUUUUUUGCACGCAAAGUCGUCACGCAGGUUCGCGCACCGGACGAAUUUGUCUACGUCGCCCCCUUCAAUCUGCUCGAGAUCUUCGUCAUUCCUCUGAGCUACAUCGUCAGCAAGGAACGGUACGCGAAGAUCAAUAGAGCGAUAUUGACGACACUGUUCUGCAUUCCGCUCUGUAUGAUAGCAUGGUACGAGAGUCGAUACGAUGCCGCACUCGUUGCAAGGCAACAUGAAGCACUCGAUGAGCCCGAUGACGACUAUGAAGAGGAUCCGGAGAUGGAUAGCUCCCUGCCAGAGCUGUCUGACAAUUACACGGCAGAUACUGCCCGAGAGGCAACCGAUCCCGGGCUCAAGAUUAGCAAAGUCUCAUACGCUGAAUUGAAAGCGAAGUUGCCAGACAUCAAGUCGUCGUCGAUCUCAAAGAUACAGUACGAGCUCAAGGAGCUUCGUCAAGAAGUGAAAGCGAUGCGCGAGCGCAAAUGA